AUGGCGCUUUGUCAUUUAUUGCAACGCAAAGAUCCCAGCUUUCAGUCUCCCGCGAAGAUUUUUGCGAGGCUGAAAGCUAAAGUUCAGAAAGAGGCGGAGGGCGACAAGGAGCUGAUGCGGAAGGUUGGAGAGCAAUACGGACAUGGAGUCAAAGCAGGGGAUGUCAGCAGGGCCGACGGACCGGGAUUUAACCGGGACCCCGCGGGGUUCUGCUGGUCCGAAAAGAUGACGGAGAAGAACAAGUUUGCUUCCUGUCAAACUCCAGCGCAGGCGGUAACUCUGUCGCCGAUCUCCAGCCCCGAGGAAACAGUCGACUAUCCGAUUGGCCGCGUCCCUCUGCAGCAAGUAUCCCCACUUAAAGACAGAUUUCGUGGGUUCACACGGAGAAACAGAGUCCUGAUGGAGUCCACAUCUGUGUCCCAACUUCCGUCUGGGGUCUUCAGAGAUCAGAGCCCAGAUGAUUUCAGUAGGAUCCAACCCGCAGGGACUUGCGGGAGGAGUGAGUUCAGUAUGGAAGCUCGUUCUCUCAAUCCCAGAUCUCCAUGCUGCGGCUUUUCCCCCAUAAAGAACAGGCUGAGGAAGAGGAAACUGGAUCUGAAUGACACCGAGGACUCAGGUCCACUAAAAGCCAGGAGAAGACCUGCUGCCUUUGGGGACAGCGUUAAGAGCAACCCCUGCAGACCGGGUUGGGGUAAUCUUAAAAUAUUCCCAGAACCAAAAGAACCAGGAUCCAUUGGACUCAAACGUCCAGCUGUUAUUCUGGAUACACGCCCCAGAAUGUCUCCCGCCAAGAUGUUUGCUGUGAUGAAGGAAAGGGAAAGAAGAAGGGAACGUCAGCAGAUGGAAACCUGCAGCAGAAGGGAUUCCUUUGCAGGGAACGAGAGGAACUUGCAGGAGUCUAGCGACACUGAUGUCUCCUCAAAUCAUCACAUGGAGCACAUGCAGGACGUUCGCUCAGUGAAUACUGCUGUGAACCAGAACCAAGCAGAGUCACCAGAGAGUCGGUCAGAAACCUCGCAGGAUACUCCGAUCCCUGCUUCGCGCUCCCCUACUGUUUUACUGGAGGACCCGCUGGUGCUCAACACUCCACGAAUCUCCAUACCGAAGAAAGACGAGGCGGUGUUCAGACGCAACGUUUGGCCCAAGCAGAAGAAAUUCCCACUCGAGAAUGUGAUUCAUCUCAGGAACUGGUUCCUGAGGAGGAAUCAUAAGGGUUUGUUUGUGGACGGGAUUCACGUAGAGGAGAACAUUCAGUGGAACAGCAACAUCAUCACCGAGCGGAUCUCCAGAUUGGUGCUGAAGACCGUCUCCGGCAGGGUGUACAUCCUACAGGGACAGAUGAACAUCAAACUCGCCUCUAGUUUUCCAAUGAAGUUCCUGAAGAAGUUUGUGAAUGGCUUCCCUUCAAACUGGAAGGCGAUUUAUGAGACGUUUCUGUUAGAGUCGAAAGAGCAGGCAGAGAAGAACAAGGAUGCCGCCAUUUUGUCUAAGAAUGAAUCCCAGCUCCCUUCCAGGCAUCAGCCUGUGAGGCAGCAGAGACGAAAAUCUGUAAAAACACCCGAGACGCUUCCUCCUCCCUCCUCCCUCAACGUGUCUCGAAGCGGCCGCGUGAUCAAGCCUCCUCUGAAGUACUGGAAAGGAGGAAGAGUAAUCCUAGACGCUCAUAUGAACGUUACCAUCUACGAGAAUUACGAGACAACCGGCCCUCUAAUCCACGGCCUUUUUCCACGCAGGGUGAGUUCGGAGCGCAGGAAGGAGAAAUCGAGGGACGCGGCGCGAUGCCGUCGCGGGAAGGAGUCGGAGGUUUUCUACGAGUUGGCCAAGCAGCUGCCCAUCCCCCACAGCACCAGCUCCAACCUGGACAAGGCCUCCGUCAUGAGGCUGACCAUCAGCUACCUGCGCAUGCAGAAUCUGCUCUGCAUCGAUGAGCCAGUGGCAGAGGAGACGACAGAACUGGACAUCCAGCUAAGCGGCUCCUACCUGAAGGCCUUAGACGGCUUCCUGGUGGUUCUGUCUGAAGACGGAGAUAUGAUCUACAUCUCAGAAAACGUCAACAAGUGCCUCGGCCUGGCACAGUUUGACCUGAUUGGACACAGCGUGUUUGACUUCACGCAUCCCUGCGACCAGGAGGAGCUGAGAGAGAUGCUGGUCUACAGAAGCGGCUCCAAGAAAGUCAAGGAACCGAGUACAGAGCGCAGCUUCUUUCUGCGGAUGAAAUGCACACUGACGAGCCGGGGCCGCACCGUCAACGUAAAGUCCGCCACAUGGAAGGUGCUGCAUUGUUCGGGUCACGUUCGCGUUCACAGCAGCGAGCAGAGCGCCGACGGCCACAAGGAGCCGCCGGUCCCAUACCUGGUUCUGAUCUGCGACCCGAUCCCUCACCCCUCCAACAUCGAGGUUCCUCUGGACACCAAGACCUUCCUCAGCCGCCACACCAUGGACAUGAAGUUCACAUACUGUGACGAGAGGAUCACUGAGCUCAUGGGUUACGAUCCAGAGGACCUGCUGGACCGUUCUGUGUACGAGUACUACCACGCUCUGGACUCAGACUAUCUCACAAAGACUCACCAUCACUUGUUUGCGAAGGGCCAGGUCACCACAGGUCAGUACCGGAUGCUGGCGAAAAGAGGCGGCUUUGUGUGGGUCGAAACUCAGGCCACUGUCAUCUACAACAACAAGAACUCGCAGCCUCAGUGCGUCGUCUGCGUCAACUUUGUGCUCAGCGGGAUCCAGGAGGAGAAACUGAUCCUUUCUUUGGAGCAGACACAGGAGAUGAAGCCGGUGAAGAAAGAGGAGGAGGAGGAGCAGAAGGAUGAAGUCAAGGCUGAAGUGAAGAAGAGCGAAGCCGUCCGAGCGGACGAUGAGGAAGAGGAGGAGACCCCGGAGCAGAAGCUGCACCUAAACUUCCAGGAUCUGGUGAUUAAGAAGCAAGAGCAGGAUUGUCUUUACAACCUGCUGAAGGGGCAUCCAGACGCCCUGAUGCUGCUGGCGCCGGCAGCCGGGGACACCAUCAUCUCCCUGGACUUCAGCCGCCCUGGCUCAGAGUCAGAGAUUCACCUGGUGAAGGACAUUCCUCUCUACAACGACGUGAUGCUGCCCUCCUCAGGCGACAAGCUGCCGCUGCCUCUGUCUCCUCUGGCGCCCACCGAGCCGCUGGAGCCCGCCAGCAGCUCCGCUGAGGAGGCAAAACCUGACAGCUUUGCUCCAGCUCUGUCCUCUAAACCCCCCAACAAACCCUCAGAAGUUGACAAUCCUCUGGGCUUCUCUUUCCCCAUGGACACAGAAAUGAACUCUGACUUUAAACUGGACCUGGUGGAGAAGCUGUUUGCCAUCGACCCAGAGCCCAAAACUCCCUUCAAUACGGAGGGGAUGGAGGACUCUGAGCUGGAGAUGUUUGCUCCGUACAUCUCCAUGGAUGACGACUUCCAGCUGCCCUGCCUCGGCCCUGACGAGCCUCUGUCUUGUGGACCAGUCAAAGCCCUGGAGAGCUGCCCGGUCCUCGUCACGCUGGACGUCCACAGCCAUCCCAGCUCUCCGUUCAGCGCGCCGGAGAGCUGCCCGGCUUCUCCGGCUCCACCGGAACCCGUCGGCACGCCCCCUCCUGCCACUGUGGCGGCAAACAGGGUCGCACAGCCGGAGAAAGAGGUUCCUCUCAGAAAUCUGGCUGCUCAGAACAUCCAGCGGAAAAGAAAGCUGAGCGAACUGAAGGAGAUCAUUGAACAGGGAUCUUUGACCCAAGAGCAGCCUGAGAAGGGCAAAAAGCUGAAGGCGACAGAGCUGGGAGCAACCAGGACCAUUCUUCUUCUGCCUUCAGAUCUGGCCAGCCGACUGCUGGGCACCACCUCGGACGGCGGCGGCUCCCUCGUCUCGCUGCCGCAGCUCACCAGCUACGACUGCGAGGUGAACGCCCCCUUGCAGGGCCGCCAGUACCUGCUGCAGGGGGAGGAGCUUCUGCGCGCUCUGGACCACGUCAUCUGAGUCAGGACUCCACUUCUGGACUAGACUGGACACUACAAUUAUGCCCUCACAUUGUGACUCUUCUUUUUGCCCUUUGACCCCCACUGCCAUUUAUUUAUGUAUCUGUUGGAGUUUGACUUUAGUCCGGCUGCUGUUUGUGCACCUUAUGUGAUUUUUGCAGCAUUCCACGGCGACAGCAGCAUCUUGGUUUCAGUUCGAGGGAUUGUCAGACGUCAACUCGCUCUCAUUUCUUCCUCCUCUCCUCUUCCUCUUCCUCCGGGGAGUCUCUCCACACAUGGCGCCUUCACUGAUGACCCCUCUCCAGCGGGUCACCACAGAGCCUGGCGUUACUGCCAGCAGUGUAUUGUAAGCUUCAGUCGCACAACUUAUAUUUUCUUAAAAA